ACACGCUUUGAGCUAUAGGCUAACAUGCUUAAACUCACUCUUUGCUCAAGCUGUAUUGGCACUAUUUCUACUUCUUAAGGAAAGCCUGAUUUUGUGUUGUGCCACUUGAGGGUGCUGUAGUAUCAUAUAGUAAAAGUAAAUAAGUUUCCAUUUUAAAAUUGUGUUUGAGCCCCAUUUAUUUAGAAAGCAAAAUUGGUUUUUACUAUGUUCAGCUUCAUGACUGUGAAACAAAGGACAUACGUUCCAGACACCAUUCAUUCAUCCAGCCAUUCAGCCCAUCCACCGCAGUCUCUCCUAUCUCGUGUUCCUUUGAAGUCAAAGACUUGUCAGAUCGUUCCAAUUAAAGACUUCCUUCCUCUGGAGAUCCCCUUGCAGACCCCUCAGACACCGUGUGGAGUGAUGCCCGGUGUCGCCUGCGCCCCUGCACCCUCUAGAUUGAGCGCCAGUGAAUGAAUGAAUGCAUUGAAAAGUGCCGGUUCUUGGGCGUAGAUGUUCGGGCGAGCAGCUAAAGGAGAAACAUUCUGCAGAACGGCCAAGGCUGACGCACCUGUUGCGGUCCGACCCUCCCUCCCACCUCCUCUGCGUGAUCUCUCCUGUCCCAGUUCAGAUCUCCAGGCCAGUGGGAACAUGGGAAACAUGGCAACAGAGAUCGUGGCCUUUCUCCUGACUGUCUCAGGAUGGAUCCUGGUGUCGUCCACUCUGCCAACAGAUUACUGGAAGGUGUCCUCUGUGGACGGGACCGUCAUCACCACAGCUACCUUCUGGUCCAACCUGUGGAAAACAUGUGUGACUGACUCCACUGGUGUCUCCAAUUGCAAGGACUUCCCUUCAAUGCUGGCUCUGGACGCUUAUAUCCAGGUGUGUCGGGGUUUGAUGAUCGCUGCUGUGUGCCUGGGUUUCUUUGGAGCCAUUCUCGCUUUGGUGGGAAUGAAGUGCACGAAGAUAGGCGGCUCCCAGUCCACCAAAGCCCGUCUGACGGCCCUCUCAGGCUUUCACUUCAUUCUCAGUGGCCUUUGCUGCAUGACUGCGUGCUCCAUUUACGCUCACAGGAUCACCACUGACUUCUUUGAUCCCCUCUUUUUCGCCCAGAAGUUCGAGCUGGGAGCGGCCCUGUUCAUCGGCUGGGCCGGAUCGGCGCUGUGCAUCCUAGGAGGUCUCGUGUUCUGCCUCUCCCUGUCCGAGGGCUCCAGGAUCAGGCAGGUUCCUUGCUUUGUCUAACAACGUGAUCCCACAUCUGUCGUCGGCAACAAGGACUUAGGCAGAUUGUAAAUUGCACCGAGUUGUUCCUAAAUCAGGCAAUUUAAGUAAUUACUGUAAGUGGAAAGGAGAGAUGAUUAGACUCCCAAACAUCCAGUAAUCUCUGUCAUCAUCUUGUCUCAUAUUUGCUGAACCUACAGGGCGGACUGUAUUAUUCUCAUCGUGUUAGUUACCGGGCCGACGGCGGCUGAAUGUUUUCUUUGUUACAGUCCACUAAGUACUGGUGGGAAGCCAAAGUCACCUUGACUGCGAGCAGCUAUUAGGCGGAUACAGGCAACAAAAUAAAGGCUUUGUUUUGUUUUGGCAUCAUAUACACGUUGAACUUGUUACUUUGCGAAUAAAGGAAAUCAAAGAAGGAACCACAGUAAAGACGACGAUACAGAACCCACUGUACGCACUAACUGUCCCCUGGCCUUUGCAGAGCGGAACACUCGUACAGUGGAGCUGCUUCGUUUGUGAUGACGGGCAACAGGCCCGGCAACGCAGCCAACAGCCUCCACAAGGAGCGCGGAGGACCGUCCAAGCAGUUUGGAAGGAACGCUUACGUGUAGCACGUCUUGUUAUUACUUGCCUCCAACGUGCUAUUUAUCCUAAUAGUUUAUCGUCAGCAGAAGCUAUUUCCACUGCACGAACCUUGUGCCUGGACAAGGUAAAAGCGCUGACUGGAAUGAAUGUGCCCAGUUUACAUGUCUGAUUCAUUUUUAAGCCUUGUUCGGACUUCUCCGGCUUGUUUUUUUUAUUUAACCUGGCACAAAAUACAGUUCAGACCCUCAGGUCACCUUCACCUAGCAGGCCUUUCCUUAAGAAAGCCCUCCGUUUAUAACUCUCAAGUCAAAGAACAACUGAGCCACAAACGGAGCACGCUUGUCCUUCUAUGUCUUUUGUGUGAACUUAAUGCUCCAGCUUCCAGUAUCCUAAUAAAACACUUUAUAAGA